CUGUGUUCUCGGGUUUGAGUGUCAUUCUGUCUCAUUAGUUUCCUCCACAAACACUCAGAAACACUACACCAGUGCCGUCAUGAUGGGACCCCGGCGUGAGUUCAGAGCAGCGCUCAGGCAAUAGCACCGGUAGUAGGAGAAUGAGCAGUAAGAAGGGGGGCGCCCAAUUGGCAUCAGGGAAGUGGCAGACCCCCAGAGCCAAGCCGAGAGCCGCUGCUGGGAGGCCGGGAGAGAACCGCCAGGUGCAGAGGAAGACCGGCCCACAGGCGAAGGGGCCCGCGUCCCCCUCGUGCCCAGAGGUCCCCGCAGGACCAACCGCGGAGGACCAAGCAGCCACUGUCAUCCAGUGUGCCUUCCGACAGCUCCUGGCGAGAAGGGAGCUGGGGCGCUGCCGCCAGGAGCACGAGGAGUACCUGGAGGAGAUAGAGAGGCUGCAGAGGGAGGCCUUCCUGGCCCUGGUGCACCGGGAGCGGGAGUCGGCACGGCGGCGGCGGGAGCAGGAGGCGGAAGCUGAGCAGCGGCGGCGGGAGGAGCAGCAGCGCCGGGCGCGCCUGCUGGACGCGGCCUUCGACGGCAACCUGGGCGAGAUCGCCGCUGUCCUGCGGGAGGUGGACGAACUGCUGACCCGCGAGGGCGUGGGCCACGACGAGGUGGGCGCGGCGCGACGGCGACAGCAGCGCGUGGCCCUGCUGGAGUGCGCAGACCCCCGCGGGAACACGCCGCUGUCCGAGGCGGCUGCGGGCGGGCAGCCCAGGGCCAUCCAGCUGCUGGCCGAGCAGGGCGCCAGCCCCAACUGCAAGGGCGCCUUCGGCCGGACUCCCCUGUACCGAGCCGCCUUCGGGGGCCACCUGGAGGCGGUAGAGGUGCUUCUGAAGCUCGGAGCUGACCCCCGGCUGUACGCAGACGACGGAAGCACCCCUGCUCAGGUGGCCUCGCUGGACGCCGUGGCCAGCGUGCUGCAGUCGUGGGACCUGUGCCUCACCGAGGCCAUGCUCCAGAACAUGGAGGCGGAGCGGCAGCGCCGGGCCCAGGAGGCCGAGCGAAGCAAGGAGGCGGAGGCCAAGCGCAUGAACCUCAAAGUGCAACAGCUGGCUAAGGAACAGCGACAGUGUCACAAAGAGCUGCAGCAGGCGUACUGCGAGCUCAACCGGAGGGUCGCUGAGCACGACAAGUGUGAGCGGAGGCGCACGGGCAAGGCCGAGCUCACGCUGCAGGCCAUCCAGGACGCGGAGGCCCAAGUGGACAGGCUACGGCAGGAGGCUGAGAAGGCGGAGGAGACGCUGGCCAUGGCCAGGCUGGAGCUGCGGGAGCAGACCGCGGAGGGGGAGGAAGAGGCGCCCGGGAUGAAGUGCCAGGUCACUGAGCUGCACGACGUGCUAAUGAAGGACGUGGGAGACCGCAUCCGUGCCGACGGCCGGUGGCCUGUUAUCAUUGACCCUUCGGGCCAGGCAGCUACCUUUCUGCGCUACCAGGACACCAACUACUUGGACACGGUGAACCCGGACCACAUGCGGCCCGAGAGGAUUCGAUUGGCACUUCUGGGGGCGCUCAGGUAUGGGAAGCCGCUGGUGUUCGACCUGCAGGAAGUAGACCUGUUCCCUGCGGUGCAGCAGCAGCUGGAGGCGGUGCAGCCGGGCCUGGCGCAGGAGCUGCUGAGUCGCCGGCUGCUGGAGCAGGACAGGUACCUGUCCCUGCUGCGGCCCUCCGAUGGACCUGAGUACAGCCCCACCCAGUUCCAGGAGGCGCGCCUGGGGCAAUUCCGCCUCUUCUUUGUCACCAGGGUUCGGUGGCCCACGGCUGAGCAGGUGCAGGUCCUGCUCCCAGUGCUUGUACAGCAGCCCAGUGGAGGCCUCUAGCACCUGGCCCCAAUAAAGCAAGCGCGCCCCAGAGCGCUGA